UAGAUUCUAACACCACCUUCAAACAUCAAAACCCUCUCUCUCUCUAUGAUUGUCCGUACACUUUCUCUCUCUGGAAUUUAACAAUAUUUUCUCUCUCGCGUGGAGCUCCCUUCAGUCUCAUAUUGCACAAUUUGUAUAUAAAUUUCUCUCUCAUAUAUUACCCAAUCCUAGUUUUCUCCAAAUAUUUAUCUAUUUGGGGUUUCGAAAUUGGCGGGAACCAAACGGCGAAUUCGGUUCUUCCGAUUGGUGAAUUUGGCUCAGGAUUUCCAGAAUUCGGUGCUCAAAUCUGAAUUUUGAGGAUUUCGCGAUCGAUUUUAAUGGCGAAUCCGUCUGGGAACCAUCAAGAAUCGAGCCAUCCUUCCUCUUCGUUCAACGGAGGGAAUCCGGCGAACGGGAAUUCGGCGGCUCCGACGUCGGCUCCCGAGAGCGCCGGCGCCGCCAUGGCCAUGAAGCACAAUCCCGGCAUAUCCAUGGAUUGGACUGCGGAUGAACAGGCAAUUCUUGAAGAAGGGCUUUCCAAAUUUUCCACAGAAUCAAGCAUAAUCCGGUAUGCCAAGAUUGCUAUGCAGCUGCAAAACAAGACCGUUCGAGAUGUGGCAUUGCGUUGUAGAUGGAUGAAUAAAAAGGAAAACAGCAAGCGAAGGAAGGAAGAGCAUAACUUGUCAAGGAAAAGCAAAGAUAAAAAGGAAAGAGUGACUGAUCCUUCAGCAAAGUCAUCUCAGUAUGCUGCCCGAUCCAAUGUACCUCCAUAUGCUCCACCAAUGAUUCCUAUGGACAAUGAUGAUGGCAUUUCAUUCAAAGAGAUUGGUGGUGAUAUAGGAGAUCUUCUGGAGCAAAACUCCGAUUUCUUGAAUCAAAUUUCUGUGAAUAUUGCUGGUUACCAGCUACAGGAAAACGUCAAUCUCUUCUGCCAAACUCGAAGUAACAUCAUCAACAUCAUGAACGG